AAGUUGGUCAAGGCAGUCACAGACUUGAGCAAACAAUGGGCGGUUACUAUGAUGAGAUCGAGAUUGAGGAUAUGACGUGGGACAAAGAGGCAAGGGUUUUCCACUACCCAUGUCCGUGCGGCGAUCGCUUCGAGAUUAGCAAAGUUCAGCUCAAAAACUACGAAGACAUCGCCACAUGUCCCAGCUGCAGCUUGAUCAUUCGAGUGAUUUACGAUCCAGUGAGUGCACUUUUCUUCAUCUCACGAGUCCAGUCGAAUGGUCUGUCCCCAUCAGUUCGAUUUCGAAGACGAGGAGUCGUCUGGGGAUGACGAAGAGGGGGCCGAGGAAUCCGCUGACAGCGAGGACGAGCCUAAGGAGCAGCAUGAGACAGCUACUGAGAUUGCUCCCCCUGAUGGCACCAAAAUUGUAGCCUCCGUUGAGGAGAAUUUUGGCAAUAUUCAUCUAGAAGAUAACCCCCCUGUGGCGAGAGACGACGGAAGCGCACUUGUUGCAGGUGGAGUCAUAACAAAUCGUUGAGCCUGAUAAUCCCUCGCUGAAAAAUGAAGUAGGAACAAAGUAUGGUGGCGGGACGACGACUUUCGGAAAUGCUGAUCUGCCAAGCAUUGAAUGAAGACAUGAACACUGAGACUCCUUUAUUUUAUGGGCCCCAGCACAUAUUACGAAUGUGCGCACUGUAUGGAACUAUAAUGAUGAUACGAUAUCGAUCCCGAUUGUUCUAUCCGUCACAAUCAUGCAGCGUCUGGCCCCCUCAUGCCCUUUGU